UCGAUCGAAUUUGUCCAGCUGCUUUCUCUUUGAUUUCUCUUCUUCGCUUGAUUUGUUUGUAAAUUCUUCCCUUCAUUUAAUUCAAAGUAUGGAAUAAAUCUUUUUUUUUUAAUAAUCCUGAAAUGGCUACCAUUUCCUUGGAUAAAAUCUCUUCCUCCUGCGAAACGGCUUUAAAGAAUCAUUUGAUUCUGUCCAGAAUUUUCCAGUAUUUGGACCUCACCUCACUAAAAGCUGUCCGACUUGUGUGCAAAAAUUGGGAUGUCGAAGCUAUCAAAAAGUUUCGAAAUUUCGACAUUAUCAUCCGUUUAGAGCCUCCGUUCGAGUCAGAAAAAUGGGAACAUUUGCAACGCUUGCUCAACCUCCGGGACGACUUUCACCCCAUUCUUUUCCUCUCUUUCCAGUCCCCUGCGUGGGUCUACUAUUCCUUGAUAUCACAAUUCGGAGCGUUCGAAUUUGAGAAUGAAAACUUCCAAAAAGUUUGGGCAACUUUAAACGAUGUUUUAAAUUCAAAUUUUGAGCCACGUCAAACUUCGUGUGACUUUCGAGUUUUUGAAUUAUUGACUCAAAUUGGAGUUUGCGUGAGGGAAUUAAGACUUGAAUUGACCCUUCUGAAUGAAACAGAUGCGGAAUAUGUGGUCCAGCUCUUAUCUGCGUUCCCAAACCUGGAAAAGUUUUACCUGGAUAUUGUCGACGUUGGGGAUGAGGGGCUUCUUGGUUUUCCGUUGAUAACCACACCCCCCGAUAACUCAACGCCGACGGGUUUCCUUCCACCAUCCCUGGUCACACUUGGACUACGGAUAUAUGGGGAGCCAGAUGAGGAUGAUAGUCAUAUCACUGUUGGUGGACUCAAAUGAAUGAAAGUGAACAGGAGCCAGAUGAGGAUGAAAGUCAUAUCACUGUAGGCGGUCAUGGCGUAUCCCUGGAUGCGGUCACCCAUUUUAUGAAAACUUGUUCCAUUUCUAACAUACAGCUCUUGGAUUUCGAAGGAUGGGCCUAUCAAGAUCUGCUUCCUCAAGAUGAGGUCGUAAAAAUGAUGUGGAUGACUGCAAUUUAAAAAAUUAUGAACCAGGAACCCAACCCAUUCCCUAAAUUGAAUGGAAUUCGGGUAGGAUGGCACCCUCGUGAUGAAGACGAGAUCACGGAACCUCAGAUACACAAUCUGGCUUCCCUCCCAAGAUCAAUGACUCAUCUCGACUUAAAUGCCUAUAUAACUGGGGACCAAUUACACCAAAUCUUGAGGCAGCACGCGACCAUCCUGCGCACCUUGGACCUCACUUAUUUAGAAAAUUUGGGUCCACUCAACUCCUUGCGGUUUCCCCUCCUCACAACAUUCGAGGUGGAUAUUUGCCAUGAAUUCUCCAAAAUUCGAGUCAUGUUUCUGAAUGGACCUCAAUCUUUCCAGCGAACUUUCCCUUCUCUCUCCACCAUCGGAGUAUUUACUUCCUUGGAGAAACCCGAAGUUUGGGAGGAUAUUUUUCCGAGGGAGAAUUCUUCCGGGGAACGGUUGGAAUUUCGGCAGAUAAAAGUUUUAAAUAUUUCGCUCAAAGUGGAUGAUCGUGACGAUGAUAAGCAAGAAGAUAACCACUGCUUGUCCCAACCCCAAAUUAUCAGAAUUUUGGCCAUUUUUCCAUCUCUGCAUACUUUACGACACAUCCGAAAGAGAACGUCCGACGGGGUUUUAUUCGUUUGUCGGCAUGUUCGAAGAAGUGAUGUCGUGUGGUCAACGGCAGCGAAAACGUGGCGUGGUCGAGGCGGUCAAGAAUUUUUGAGUGAGGGUAAACGAAUCAGUAGGUUUUUCACGCCACGCUUGAGAUACUUGUUAAUGAAGUCGCAUGAAUCUCAGGGUUUUGAGUGGUAUUGAAUUAAAGUUAUUAAGAUAUUAAUUAAUUUGUGUUCAAACUGAAUAAAAUUUAUGCAAAUGAUAUAAAUUAUCGCUUUAAUUUCAAAUAUGGU